GUCUUUCAAACAAUAUUGAAACCAGUUUAUGUGUAAAGUGACAUCGGCAAAAGCGCACCAGAUUACCAACGCGAUGGAAGGUUAAGACGCUAAGAGUAUGAUUGGAUGAAACUACGUUGAUUUAUACCUCGACUUGACGACACUUUGAGCUAAGUAUCUUAAUCACAAUCUAGAACAAACUUCUAUCGAUGCCUCAAGGUAAAAUUAUAUUUCCUUUUGUGUUUUUUAGCGUUUAGUAUAGGUUACAAGAGGUUCUGAAUAUUUGCAUAGUAAAUUCCGUUCAUUUAGCGCGCCAAAUAUUCGCCAGAGACGCGGAAUAUGGCGAGUACUCUGCGUUUAUUAUUCUGGAGAGAUCCCAUCAGGAGGGGGGGGGAAGAUAAGAAUGGUUAAGUCAAGCUGAAGGAAGUUGAGAGUGCUCUUUAUUACAUAAUUAUAUGCAAAUCUCCUUUGAAACGCAAACGAUUAUUAUUCAGGCAUUUUAAAUUGUGGUGUUUGCUGUUUUGAAAUAAGACUAAAUAUAAAAAUAUCGUGUGAUUAUUGUUUUUCGCCUGCAUAUGACAAAGUCUCUUCUGUGUUCUCUCUCAGUUGACUGAGUUCAGCAUGGUUAGAUCAUGCAGAGGUGGUACAUGUUCUUAAUGUAGAUUUAACUUGUUUUUAUUUCUCGUCAAUAAAGGGUUUCCAGAGGGUGAACUGGGGAUGAUAAUCACCGCUGUUCUGGCAGCGUUGACAACCUCCUUGAUUCUACUCUUCGCCUUUCUAAUUUACAUGAAAUACAAAAAGCCAGGGAAUGGCUACAAAAGAAUGAGCCCAACAAGUUCAGCAAUAUUACUAAGACAGUCCCACAGGGAUCGUAUCCAGUCCAUUUUCAGCACCCACGGUCGACCAUCGGUACAUAGCAACGGAGAAGCACCAGACUUUGAUAUACCGCUGAUGAGCAGAAAGAACACGGGCGCACCUAAAAGCACUUGUCAGCUGCACUUUUCCUUGUUUUACAACUUCCACUUAAAUGAAAUCACGAUUCAAGUUCUGCAAGCUCAAAACCUGCCAAAACUCUUUGGCUUACAAUCAGGGGUAUUGGUCAAGGUUCGUUUGCUUGAGGCAAAUGGUGAAACAAGAGAAAAAGUUGGAAAAACGUCGAUACAUUUUCGCACGAAUUCUGUGUUCAACAGCGUUUUCACUUGUAAAGAAAUUACGAGCGCGGAGUUACAGCAGCUUAGCGUCAGUCUCUCGUUAUACUCCCAAGAUCGCUUCGGGCAAAGCCAUUUCGUCGGCGGUCUUGUCAUGAAACUGUCUGAUGUUACAUUUGAUCCUUCGGAACCUUCGUAUUUUUGGCGUCCAGUGCAAAGAAAGACAAAUGGUUCAAGCGUAAAAUCGAAACACGAAAAAGGCCAAUUAUUUGUGUCUCUGAGAUAUCACGAGAAAACGUCCCGAAUCAACGUGAUCGUUAUGAAAGCAGUCAGCUUAGUGAAAACAAAACGACAGUUGAGAGCAGAUCCCUAUGUGAUAGUGAAACUUCUCAAGGAUGGUCAUGUCAUUGAGAAGAAAUUCACUCAGCCAUGUAAAGGCAGCCUCGAUCCCGUCUGGAAUGAACCCUUUGUAUUUGAUUGGAAGAAUGGAAACUCGGAAACAAGCGGCUACAAAUUUGUGUUUGAAAUCAAAAGUUCUGAUAAGGUAAUGCCUGAUUCCAGCAUGGGUGUGGUGGAGAUUUGCCAGGAAACAUCAGAACAUUGGAAAGAAAUGAUGGACAAAAAGAAUUACGCCAGAGCAAAGUGCCAUGAUGUGACAUGAGCAUGUUUAUAACUAACUGUCAUUCCAGGGAACAAUAUAAUUAUUUAGACAAUGUGAUAUUCUGAUCUCCAGAUUAUGACUGGAUGAGUUCAGCAACAGUAACAUUUUCAAAAAAAUAAAAAGAUGAUGAAAAAUUCUGAUCUCUGGAUUUCGUGACUGGAUGACAUACAGAACAGCACAAUUUUCAAAACAAUGAAAUGAUAAUGGGGGUU